AUGCCGUCUUGCAGUAUUUGCAUUGACCAACUCAACCAGCCGGUCGCUUUGCCCUGUGGCCAUGUGUUCUGCACCGAAUGCGUAUUCCGCGCUGUUAACGCAAUUAAGCCCUAUGCCACCAUACAUCUCUGCCCCACAUGCCGAGCCCCGUACACAACUGUGAACAUCGACCCUGCCCUCAUCCCUGCCCACCUCCGUGCCCAUAUAAUUCCCAGCAUUCGUCGCCUCUACCUUGAUGAACCCAACCCACACAUCGAUUCCUCCAUGGAUACUCCAAAGGCACUAUCCGAAUGUGCCAGGCUUGGCGCUGAAAAUUCUGCUCUGCGGCUGAAUUGUGGGUUGUGGCGACGACGAGCCGAAGUCCAUGCUGCGGCGACGCUUGGUCUUCUAAAUGUGGCUCGCAUAGCUCGAGACAAUGCUCUCCAGUUGAAGCAGGAAAAAGAUGAGCUAGAACGGCGGUACAACGUGUUGAAGAGAAAGAUAGAUGCCGAAGAGUACGUCCCUGUCCUGCUCAUCCCUUUCACCCGUCUCAUUGCUAAUCAAUUUCGACAGGCUGUUUUCAAACUUUUCCCGAGCAUCUCCAUCUUCGACAUCGUCCGCAUCCACUUCGACAACACCUGA